AAAGCAUGUGGCCCAGUGUUAGUGCUGCCCCGUUUCUGUUGAAUGGCUUCCCAGGUCUGGAGGCAGCUUACCACUGGAUCUCCAUUCUCUUCUUUGCCAUCUAUGUCUCUGUGUUUCUGGGCAAUGGCACACUCCUCUACCUCAUCAAAGAUGACUGCCACCUCCAGGAACCCAUGUACUACUUCCUUGCCAUGCUGGCAGGCACAGACCUUACAGUGACAUUGACGACAAUGCCUACUGUACUGGGUGUCCUAUGGGUGAAUCACAGGGAGAUAAGCCGCGGGGCCUGCUUCUUACAGGCCUAUGUCAUUCACUCCCUUUCCAUUGUAGAAUCAGGUAUCUUGCUUUCCAUGGCCUAUGACCGUUUUAUUGCCAUCCGCUCUCCUCUGAGGUACAAAUCCAUCCUUACCAACUCCAGGUUGAUGAAAAUAGGUCUGGGGGUACUGCUAAGAGGCCUUUUAUCUCUUGUGCCCCCAAUUCUGCCACUCUUUUGGUUUUCAUAUUGCCAUUCCCAUGUUCUUUCCCAUGCCUUUGGCCUCCACCAAGAUGUCAUGAAACUUGCUUGUGCUGAUAUUACAUUUAAUCGCUUAUACCCAGUUGUUCUGGUGGCUCUGACUUUCUUCCUAGAUGCUCUAAUUAUUCUCUUUUCUUACAUCCUGAUUCUGAAGACAGUUAUGGGCAUUGCCUCUGGAGAGGAGCGAGCUAAGGCCCUCAACACUUGUGUCUCCCAUAUGAGCUGCGUCCUGGUAUUUUACAUCACUGUGAUUGGCCUGACCUUCAUCCACAGGUUUGGGAAACAUGCCCCCCAUGUGGUUCACAUCACCAUGAGUUAUGUCUACUUUCUCUUUCCUCCAUUCAUGAACCCAAUUAUAUACAGCAUCAAGACCAAGCAGAUUCAGAAGAGCAUCAUUCACCUGUUUUCUGGGUAUGGCAGAGCUUGA